AAAAAAAAAAAAAAAAAUGUAUCCUUCUUUGAUAGGAACACAUUUUGGGUCUCUCUCUCAUUUUUAGGGCUUUCUCUCUCCUCUCUCCUCUUUCUCAUUCUCUUUCUGUCUUUCUCUCUCAGGCUUCUCUCUCCUCUCUCCUCUCUCUCUCUCCCUUUCUCUCUCCAGAAGGGCAAAACCCUAAAGAGCCGUUUACACCCCCCCAAGUUAAAUUGCAUAUCGUCAAUUGGUGAUUUCGCUCCAGAUCGCUGAGAUCUGCUAUUGUUUGCAAAGUCAAAAUUUUUGAAACCCUAGUCAUGAAAAUGCUUUCCAUUUUUGAAAUUUCAGUAUUGUAGAUCUGAUAAUGGGUUUCUGGUUUGGUGCCGGUCAAAAUGCUGGAUGUUGUUCGAAGAUUUGAAUAUCAAAAAAUUAUGUUUUCUCGUUAAUGGGUACUUUGGAAUUUUAAUUUUUGUUGAUGGGAAUCUUAGAGUUCCUCUGUUUGGAUCUGGAAAUAAUUGAUAUCUUAGCACAAUAAGUUUUCAUUUGGAUAUGAAUGUGAAAUUGGAAAAUGCGAUUUGAAGUUGUACUUCCUCCUCAUUUUUAUUUCGGAAACUAAGCAGUCGAUUAGGCAUUAUUUGCUUCUUUAUAUGCAGAUGCCCUUUUUCCGGAUCUAUUUACAUUUGAAUCUGUUGUGCUGAAAUUUGAAUGGAUCUGUGUUGGUUGAAGCAUUAUUUCAAUGCACAUUUUUUUUUUUAUUAUGUUUCCUUACUUAGUUUUGAUGCUAUUGUUGUAUUUGUUUGUUUUCUAAAAUAUAAUUUUGAGGGCUCGUUGAUAGCUGCAGCAUUGCACUGCCACUAAUAUGUCGCCCCAAAACUUUAUGAAAGUUUGAUUUUCUAUAGCAACUGAUAUAAUGCGUCAAUCUAAAACAUAACAAAUGACUAAUUUCCUCACUGUCGUGUUGUUCAUAACUGUGUAGUUUUCAUGGAUGACGAUGCACUAAACAUGCGCAAUUGGGGUUAUUAUGAACCGACCUUUAAAGGGAAUCUCGGUCUGCAGCUCAUGUCGAGCAUGGCAGACCGUGACACAAAACAUUUCCUACCUGGGCGUGAUCCUAAUAACAUCAUGGUUGGUCCCAACGGAGCUUUUCAUCCACGUGAUUGCGUGGUUUCAGAUGCCCCUGUCCCUAUGAACUAUGUAAGAGACAGUUGGAUAAGCCAGAGGGAGAAGUUUUUGAACAUGUUACCUCCGAAUCCUAAUUAUGCUGUUCUCCCAGAAACAUCUGGAGCUCACUCCAUGCAAGUUUUACAGCCACCCAAUUCAUCUAGGGAUGAGAAGGUGCCUAGGAUUGAGGAGCCAAGCGUAAACAAGGAAGGGAAUCAGUUGAAGAAAAGACAAGGUGGGGGUGCCCCGAAAACCCCAAAAGCUAAGAAACCUAGGAAGCCAAAAGAUAGUAGUAACAAUGCAGUUCAACGUGUGAAGCCAGCUAAAAAAAGUAUGGAUGUUGUCAUAAAUGGGAUUGAUAUGGAUAUUUCAGGUAUUCCUAUUCCAGUUUGCUCUUGUACUGGAACUCCUCAGCAGUGUUAUCGAUGGGGCUGCGGUGGAUGGCAGUCUGCUUGUUGCACUACCAAUGUAUCAAUGUACCCCUUGCCAAUGAGCACUAAAAGACGUGGUGCAAGGAUAGCUGGAAGGAAAAUGAGCCAGGGUGCAUUUAAGAAGGUAUUGGAGAAACUUGCUGCUGAAGGUUAUAACUUUGUUAACCCAAUUGAUUUGAGGACUCACUGGGCAAAACAUGGUACCAACAAGUUUGUCACUAUAAGGUAGAUUUACAUUGCCGGUGCCUAUGGUGGGACUUCCAUUGCAUUUGGUCUGCUUCUCUUGUAUAUAUCUGUGGCCUUUCGCAGAGAUCUAUCUGGUUCAUUGUAGUUCAUGAAUCUUCACAGAUAUGAUACAUGUUUUUGAAAUUCGAACAUUUGUUCUUUUCCAGAAUCGCUGUUAAUUUUUCAGUGCUGUUUGUGUUAUAAAGGCAACUAGUAAUUUC